AUGGAUAUUGAUGUGUAUUUGCAACCACUAAUCCAUGAGUUAAAAUUAUUGUUGGUAGGUGUAGAUGCCUUUGAUGCUCAUAGUGGAAAACGUUUUAAAAUGCGAGCAGCCUUACACUCCAAUGAAAAUGACUUUCCAACAUAUGCUAUGUUGUCGGGCUGGAGUACGAGAGGUUAUAAAGCUUGCCCUAUUUGUGCUGAUUCUGGUUGUGCGUAUAGUUUUGGUGGUAAAAUUGUCUAUCAUGGAGCUCGAAAAUGGUUACCAAUUGAUCAUCCUUAUCGUUCUCAAACGAGCUUAUUUGAUGGGGAAGAGGAAUAUGGUCUUGCUCCGGUUCCCGUAAGCGGGACAGAAGUUUUGAAGCAACAAGAAAAAGUUAAGGAUAAUGUCGUGCUGUGGAAAAAGAAAAGUAAACUUUUCGAAUUAGAAUAUUGGGAACAUAAUCCUCUUAGACAUAAUUUAGAUGUUAUGCACAUUGAGAAGAAUGUGUGUGACAAUUUCUUAGGAUCUCUUUUAGGUAUGGAGAAGAGUAGAGAUGAUAAGAAUGCUAGAUUAGCCCUUAAAGCACGGAACAUAAAAUCUCAUUUUUGGCCUGAAUCUCAUCCAAAUCAUGUGAAGGACUAUUUGCCUCCGGCUGCAUACACCAUGUCUAAAGAAGAGAAAGAACGAUUUUUGAAUGUCCUACAAAAUCUAAAGGUUCCUGAUAAAUAUGGAUCUAAUUUGCAAAGAAGUGAAUUAGAUUCUAUUCAGUCCAGGCUUGUGUUGACUCUUUGUAAGAUGGAGAAAGAGUUUCUGCCAAUAUUGUUCACAAUCAUGGUGCAUUUACUAAUUCAUUUAGUAGAAGAGGUCAAACUCGGUGGACCUGUUCAUUAUAGGUGGAUGUAUCCCAUUGAGAGGCACUUGGCCUUUUUGAAAUCUCAUGUAAGUAAUAAAGCGCAACCAGAAGGAUCCAUAGCAGAAGGGUACCUUUUAUGGGAGACAAUUGCAUUUUGUUCGAGAUAUCUAGAAAGUGUUGAGACCAUAUUCAACAGACCGAAGAGGAACGAAGAUGGUGUUCCAGACAUCAAUAACUAUUUAUACUACUCAGGUGGUCGUGUAGUUGGGAUGAAAGAAAAUGUUCGUCUUGAUGACAAAAGUUUUAAGCAAGCACAUCGCUAUGUUUUGCUUCAUUCAGAUGAGAUAAAACCGGCCAAUAAUCUAGAUGAUAGCACGAAAGAAGGAAAAUUGAGAAAAUCCUUAGCAGGUGGUUUAAGAAAUCGCGGGAAAAGGAUGAAAAGCGUUAUUAUCAAUGGCUAUAAAUUUGACACCGUGGAUCGUGAGCGAUCUCGAAAGACUCAAAAUUCUGGAAUUAUGGUAGAAGCUGACGGCCAAGAGUAUUAUGGAAAACUAAAAGAAAUAUUAGAACUUGAUUAUUAUAGUUCUUUCAAGGUUCUAAUGUUCCGAUGUGAUUGGGUUGAUAUACGAAGGGGUUUCAAAACAUACCCGAGUGGCAGAGUUCGUGUUAAUUUCUUGAAGUUGAUGCACACUGGUCAAAAUUUGAAAGAUGAUCCAUUUAUUUUCACUUCUCAAGCGAAACAAGUUUUUUACAUCGAGGAUGAGAUACAAAAAGGAUGGUUUCAUCAAGAGAUGACUUAUCGCAAGAGGGUUAGACAUGCUGAAACAGAUGGUACACAUGGUCCAGCUACCACACAUACCUCAUCUUUGAGUGAAGAUGCAUCACUACCGACCAAAAAGCAUGCUACUCAACCACAAUCAUCUCAGGUUCCUACUAUUGUUGUCAAAUUUGGACCAUUUUCUCCACAAAGUACCUCAAAAGGUGCACAGCAAACUGAUAACAUAUUUGGAUCUAUAUGGAAAAAGCCCCCUACUGGAUCAACAUCAAGUUCACCUAUGGAAGAACCUAGAGAUGUAGUCUAA